AGCAUAGGUGAGACUCUCCUGGGCCUAGGUUGUAGGCGUUUUGAAUCCGCAUUUCACUUGGAGAAACAAUAGUGUUACGGGACUGACUUUGAUGACCACCAAUUCUCUGCGUACAGCGAGCCAAGGUCGUGGCCUCCACAGGAAGAGGCGCCUCUGUUGUCGUGGCUCUGGCUUGCCUGGCUUCCUGGUUGACAGGGGUGGUGUUUGGGAGCAUCCCUGUGGUCUACAACUGGAUCAGGUACGACCCUUCAGAGAUGCUGUGUGCAGUGUUCUGGGAGAGCAGUUACUCUGACAUGCUAGUCUAUAUCCUCUGUGCUUUCUCCAUCUGCAUCUUCCUCCCCUUCAUCCUCAUCCUUUUCUGCUCUCUCUUCACCACUGCUGGCUGCAAGAGGAACUGCGACAGUGACCCAGAUGACCUCUCCUCUGUCACUCCUCUGAUUGUGGCCUUCUACCUGUUCUGCUACACUCCCUUCGCUGUGUCUGAGUUGAUUCUCCUGGGUAGACUGGACCUAUCCCCUGCACCUGAUUGGCUGAGAACCCUGUCAUCAGUGAUGUCCUACCUAGACUGCGGGUUGAACCCCAUUAUCUACUGUGCCAAUCAGGACUUCCGGGAGGCGGGACUUGCUCUGUUCUGGACCAGUAGGAAGUUAUUAUUCUCUGAGCCUGUGCUGACAAGCAUGACAAAGUUGGAAUUGUAAAGAUUGACCACAAAAUAAAUUAUGCCAAGUUGGUGGCUAAAAGAUUUCUCAUAAAACAGUUUUAAUUCCUCCAAUUUGAGAUAUUAUGACAAUGAUUGUUUUGACAUAUUUACACAUUUGUUGGAAAUAUAUGUUGCACUGAUGUUGAUCUCUUAGGAGAUUAGAUGUUAACGAACGCGAUGUCGUGCAUUGGUUAAAAUUACAAAGAAAAAACAAAUAUAUAUCUUCAUCAGUCUUAAAUCAUUGGCUGACUCAGUUCUUGCUGCCUUUUCCCCUCUGCAUUUUAUCAAACCAGCCUACCUGUACCUACAUUUCUUUUCAAUUCUGAAUUAGGUGUGAUUGACCUACUAUCUAGAUAUAUAACUUCAGUGAAUGACCUACACAGUUGUCAUUUGUCCUUGAAGUGGGUUGUUUCUUCGACACAAUUUCUGCUCCCUUAAGUCCAUGAAGACAAUUGAAUGAAUUAACACACAUUAGUUGCAGACAGACUCAGAUCUAUUGCCAUUGAUCAUCCAUGGACAGACUUAUUCAGUCCGUUUUGGUGAAGCGCGUGAGAAAGCAGAAAGUGUAGUGGAACUGCAGAAUGUCACACACUUUGGACCAGAAGUGUCCAGUGAGAUGUUGGAACGGUCGGUACCGGGCCAGGGUGUGAUCCAACAGUUUCAGCAACACGAAACCACUACAGGACAGUACCGCAAGACCCAGGUAUCUCCGGGAGUGGCAGUCCCCAUGGUUACGGUUUACCCCUACACCUUUGAUGACCGCGAAUGCCAUAUGACAUCCGAGGGCCACCUCGAACCCUUGGUCGUGCACCAGCGAAAGACCAUAGCUGAGAAUGGAGCAUACCUCGACCGUUAACAUGUACCGUGGCCGCCAACCGUGCUCGAUAAAAUCGCACCACACCAGCACCCACGCGAAGAUGGGAAGCGUGAACCACUGGUCCAAAACAGCGGGCGCACGAAGGAGAGUCGCGAGGCGCACCCACUGCACGGGUGCGUAGGCAAUGGCCAUGAGUGCGAACAUGUCUUUGACGUAAUCUGCCCUAGUGUCUCUUUUACCGUCCGUCCGUUGAAGUAGCCAGUAAAUGCCCAUGAAAAUGUAUCCCAAAUUGACCAAGGAGUUGAAUGGCAUUGCCAGGUAACAGGGUAGGUAGUCAACUGUCUUCUCGGCGUAGUGAUCAUAGCUCAUGUCGACUAAAACGCUGUUGAAUAGACCAGAGUUCGCCAAAACGACACAAACACAAAAGGGCACUAAAACGUGUAACAAUGCAGACUU